AUGAGCGACCUGUGGCAGAUACCGGGCGAGGGUGUUCAAGAGUGCCCGUGUUCUAAAUGUGCUCCCGGAAAGGUCCCGCAGCUCGUACGUACGAUACGAAAUCAUCUCAAGGCAGAUGCGUCCAGGGCCCUUGAGUCUACCUCUGUAUCGCGUGCUUUGAAAGAAGAGCUCCUCGAAGAUGAUCUACCCGGUCCCGCUGACAGCAAGAGUGAUAGGGGUUCUUCGCCCACUGGCUCGGACUCGUACAGACAGUCUCCCUUCGGCGCAGACACAGAGGGUUUCACGGACCCGGAUAGGACUCAUACCCCUGCACCUUCGCCAGCCCGAUCUACUUCGGGACAUCCAUUGGACGAGACGACCAACUUCAAUGGCGCAGACGAGUGGCCUCAAUUCUUGGAUGGCGACGAGUUCAUUGGUCCUGGUGCCGAGCACGAACUCCAACACGAUAGCGGAGGUGCAGACGACUUUGUCGGACAUGUUACUGUGCCACCCAUAGAUCUCACCAGCAUUGAUGACGAAGACAAAGACGGGGAUCGCGUCGACCUGUCUCAAGAUCCCCUCUUUCGCCUCAAUGACCUGGAUGAGUACCUUCGAGCGUGCGCAGCCGAUCUCGACGAUGGAGACCCGGAAGGGUCCAUACCUCCGGCCUUCGACGAGCACCCAUCUAUACGAAAUGCAUAUAUACACGCAUUCGUCAUGGGUGCAUUCCACGGAUGUGGCCAAGACGUCGUUCGUCAGCAUCUUGUUGCUCAACGAGGCUCCCUGCUAGACUCGCUUGAGAGGCGCCCCGACGAUCCUGACGGACAAAAACUACGCGAGGAUCUCGCCAAGAUGGCGAUGACCAUGCGGUCGGUGGAGAAGCGCCUGCACGUUGAUCCUGACAGUGCUAUCGUGUACUACGCCAUAUUCCCUAGGUGCUGGGCUCGCUACAGCAUGCUUGAGUUGGCCGAACUCGAAAGCGACGAAUGCUCCCGCACUCCAGGCUGUUCGGCUACUUUAUUUCGGACAAAGCGCACCACGACGUACGGAAAUAAGCGCUACCCACUCAAGAUACUUGCAUACCACCCUCUUCGCCGCGCGCUGCGCUUGGUUCUUCGCCGCCCGGGCAAACGGGAGGAGUGUCAAGCCUGGCGAGGUGGCGACGACCAUGGACUGGCCGCUCCGUUGAGUCCUGACGAAUGGCGCGCAUCGCUCGAUCCCUCGCGUAAGCUCACGGACAUCCACGACGGUUGGUUCUGGCGCGUAUUGCGUGCAAAUGCGCGCCGCGUUUGGAAUCCGGAUACGGCGACAGUCAACGAUGUUCCCGCAGAUGGGAACAUGGACUUUCUGCGCUUCGUCUCGCUUCCGUGUGGGCUCGUAAUCGGGAUCUUUGUUGACUGGCUUCAAGUCCGCAAACGGGGUGCACAUUCAUCGGGUGCAGUCAUCGGGUGCAUUGAGAACCUGCCACGAUCUAUACGCUUUCUCCGGGAGAAUCUACUUCUCUUGUUUACGAUUCCUGGCCCGGGAGAGCCGGACUGGGAGGGUAUGAACCGCAUCCUGGAUGUAAUGGUUGCCGAGUUUCUGGAGCUUGAGUCUGGCGAGCUGUUUGAUGUUCAUGGCCAUCCUGAGCCCAAGCCUGUACACGCGACGUGCCCAUUGACUACGUCCGAUACCCCGGCAAGAGGGAAGACCUCUGGUUAUGUCCCACCGACCACGGAGAAGCAUAUGUGCUAUGUCUGCGACAAGACAUUCUCGAGUCUGACCCAAGCCCACUGCUUCGAUAGAAAGACAUUCAAUUACACCUCUGCCGAAGUCCUUCUGAGCGCGAAGUUUCGAGCACGCGAUGCUGCUGCUCGAGGUGACAAAGAGACAGUGAAGGAGAUAGCAGACAAUCCCGGAGUUCAUUAUGCUGCAGUCGAUCUCCUGCCCAAUUGGCAUCUUCCAUUCAGUACCCCUAUGGAACCGAUGCACUGUCUGAGUGGGAUCAUCGCAGAUGUCCAGAAGACGAUCUUGGUCAAUGGUGGCAUGUACAAUGGGACUGGCAAGAGGAACGAGAUCACGCCGCUCGCCAAGCUUGAGUCGUGGCUCGACAACCUCUGGGUUCCUGGUACAAUGGGGCGGCUCAGUUUGAGCAUCGCGGCUGGAACUGGGCGCCCCAAGUGUGAUGACUGGCGCAACUUUGCUACUGUCAUGCCUGUCGGUGUCGCGAUCGCGUGGAAUAUGUGGGAUCGCGCUAUAACUGAAGACGCGCCUGAGCCGACACGUAAGAAGUCGAAGGCAAAGGAGAAUCAAGAACGAAGCGAGAGGCUUGUCCGUCAACGCCGUGUCAAGGCACGCGCACAGGAUGGUGAAGCAGAUCUGGACGAUCUGGACCUCGAAGCUCUCGAAGAUAACCAUAUGAGCAAGAACUAUCAUAACCACUAUCGCAAUGUUCUGCGCAUGUGUGCAGGUCUUCGGCAGCUCUGGACGCGUACUACAUAUCUCGACGAUGCAGAAGAAGGGCAAAAGUAUCUAUCUCAAGCUUUCCAGUCUUGGGCGAACAUGGGUUGUCAUCUGAAGCCUAACUUCCAUCUCGCCUGUCAUUCUCUCGAGUGGAUUGAGUGCUUCGGAACCUUCUACGCAUUCUCUGCAUGGGCAUUCGAGCGUUGCAUGGGUAUACUAUCUAAGUUCAAGACGAACAAUCGCUCUGGUGGUGAACUCGAGUGUACUCUGAUGCGUGCAUGGUGGAAUACUAUCCUCUGUCAAGAUCUUAUCCGUCACAUGCAGGAUAUGGAGGACAAGUCUCCGGGAGAUGAAGCUGCUAUUGAGGCUCUCUUAUCUGCCAUGCGAGGCGGUGCUGAGACGGAGCGUCAGCGUGGUACUCUCUUGAACUAUCUUGCUUCAGUUGGCCAGGAUGCCAAUACAGAGUCUAUCAAGUUCCCCAAGUACAAGGCGAAGGUUGACAUCGAGGCGCUCGAUCUUUACCAGCCACUCCUCCGUUACAUCCAGGAUCUGUGGCCCGAAUGCAAUAUCGUGCGGUACGGUGGCCUGAGCGAGGGUCGCACAGUCUUUCUACCAGAGCACGUGAAAGCCUAUUCGACUAUCAGGGUGAACAGUGUCAAGUACGGAGCAAGCACCCACCCGUACGGUACAAAGCACUGUUACGGGUAUAUGGAGCGACGUCAGGCUGUUGCGCUUGACUGGAUAUACCGGAUCUCACUCUCGGAGGAGCUCACAGCGAACGUCGCGGUCGUUCGCCCAUUCAUGCACGACGACCGAAUCCCUCGUGCACCCUGGGACAUGUGGAAUGUGGACCUUGGGAUACAGAUGUGGGGCAUUGACCUGGGAGAAACCGAGCUGCAGCCAUGA